AUGAGUCACGCAGAGCAAGUCCUCCUCGAUGGCCAGAAAAACGCACAGACAGAUGCGCGCCGUGAAAGCGCGCCAACUUCGAAUCCAACUUCCGAUCCAAGUUCAAACGGCUCUACGACGACGACGAUAGGCCGACCUCACGCUAGUACCGUCUCAGGCCAUGAAGGUCAUCUACACCAACCCGAUCUUAAGCCUCCACCCUACGCGAACGGUGGUCAUGCCGCACACCGUCUUUCCAAAGAUGGCGUCGGCGAUGCGCUCAGCGACACGCCUCUGCCGUCCGGCCACAACUCCCCUCGGAUUGGCGCCAUGAAGAGCGGCUCUGGAGUCUCUACGCCUCGGGUACGCCCUACCACGCUCGACAUCCCUGGACUGACCAAGUCGAGGGUAUCUCCUGACGGCCGGAUAGCACAGCGGGAUCUCGGCUCAAAGCUCGUCAUCGUCAUGGUCGGCUUGCCCGCGCGCGGAAAGAGCUACAUCACGAAGAAGAUGGCCAGGUACUUGAACUGGCUGCAGCACGAUACCAGGAUCUUCAACGUUGGAGAACGGCGGCGUGUUGCCGCAGGCGGCGGAGGCCACCGCCUUGAAUCAGUCGCACUGCAAGGAAGGCCUAAGGAUUCCGUUGAUAGGCAGAGCAUUACCACAGGAGCGCCGACUGGCGUCAUCUCGCAGAAAGAGAAGCUCGAUCCGCCGCAGCUCGCCGCACAAAUACUCAUCAAUGGAGAGGCAGCGAACAUAGACUCUCCUCCGCCAUUGAGCCUUCCUGGCGCCGCUCAUGAAUGGGAUUCCAAGUCCUCUAAUCAGCACGGUCCAAGCGACUCGCAGCUUGAGCAGCUUGACGCGAAAUUCACCGAGCUCAAUAAAGCAUCGGCACCAGAAGAGCUGCCUGAGACAGAGGCGAUGGACCAGUCCGCUAGCUUCUUCGACCCGAACAACAAGAAGGCCGCGAUGAUCCGCGAACAAGUUGCAUUGGAGUCAUUGGAUGAGCUCCUAGAUUGGAUAAUGGCCGGUGGCUCCGUUGGCAUCCUCGACGCAACGAACAGCACCCUCGAGCGUAGGAAACUCAUCAUGCGGCACCUUCGCGAGAGGGCCGGCAACGAGUUGAACGUCCUCUUCGUGGAGAGCCUCUGUCAGGACGAGAACCUGCUGGAGUCGAACAUGAGAUUGAAGCUCUCAGGGCCAGACUACAAGGACAAGGAUCCUGUCGCCGCACUCGAAGACUUCAAAAAGCGCGUCGAAAUCUACCAGCGCGCCUACGUCCCCUUGGGCGAGUACGAAGAGAGGAACAACAUGCCCUACGUGCAAAUGAUCGACGUAGGCCGCAAAGUGAUCUCGCACCAGAUCCACGGCUUCCUCUCCGCCCAAGCCGUCUACUACCUCCUCAACUUCAAUCUCGCCCCGCGCCAGAUCUGGAUCACACGGCACGGCGAGUCCAUGGACAACGUGGCCGGCAAGAUCGGGGGGGACUCGGACCUCAGCCCCAACGGACGCCGCUACGCGGCCGCCAUGGCGAACUUCCUCGUCUACGAGCGCAAGGCGUGGGAGGUGCGCCAGCGCGACAAGGCGGCCAACACGCACUUCCCGCCGCACCCGGGCGACCAUACCCCGCCGAACCCGCACUACAACACCGACGACGGCGAGGCGCCGGAGAAGAACUUCUGCGUCUGGACAAGCAUGCUGAAGCGCAGCAUCCAGUGCGCGGAGUACUUCAACGAGGAGGACUUCGACAUCAAGCAGAUGCGCAUGCUGGACGAGCUGAACGCAGGCAUAAUGGAGGGUAUGACGUACGAGGAAAUCCGCACCAAGUACGCCGACGAAUUCAACCUCCGCCGCGGCGACAAGAUGCAAUACCGGUACCCCGGCCCGGGUGGCGAAGGAUAUCUCGACGUCAUAAACCGCCUGCGCCCCGUCAUUGUGGAGCUCGAGCGCAUGCUGGAUCAUUGUCUGCUCAUUACGCACCGCAGCGUUGCACGCGUGCUGCUGGCGUACUUUUUGGGGCUCAGGAGGGAUGAGGUUGCUGACUUAGAUUGUCCGCUGGGGAUGCUGUAUAUGCUCGAGCCGAAACCUUAUGGAGUCGAGUUUAAGGCGUAUCGGUACAAUCCGCAGACGAACUGGUUCGACUACCUUCCGGAUUUCAAGCUGAGGAGGGCGGAGCAGCAUGUUUAUGAGUAG